AUGGUUGCUCAAGUUGAAAAACACCCCAUUUCAUCCAUCCUUGUCAUCCUCGGUACAAAGCCCACUUUAUCUCUUUCUCCAUAUUUACAUGUAUUUCUAUGGAAUUGUUUAUUUGGGGGGCUGGUCGUACUUGUUAUAGCUAUGCAACAUAAGCGUUGCCAGUGGGGAUUAGGUUUAAGCUGGCAAGAGAGCUUCCUCAGACAAUCGAAGAUAUUGUUUAAGGACUAUAACAAGAUGUUUUGGGCAGUUCAUCUUAUUGGGCCUGAAAUCUUGAGCCGAUUAGAAAAACUACUAGAUUUGUUUCCAGGGAAAAUAAAUGCCAGUAGAAGAGCUUUGAUGGAUUAUGGAAAUGCUAGCUGUAACACAAUUUUGUAUGUGCUGGAGUACAUGAUAGAAUUGAGCUUGAAGAUGAUAUUUUGA